AUGGCUGACGCCUCCGCCGGCGGCGGUUCCCUGGAUGAAUACCCAACCAUCGACCCAACCUCUUUCGACGUGGUCCUCUGCGGCACCGGCCUCCCGGAGUCCAUCCUCGCCGCUGCCUGCGCGGCCGCCGGGAAGACCGUCCUCCACGUCGACCCCGACCCCUUCUACGGCUCCUUCUACUCCUCCAUCCCGCUCCCUUCCGUCCCUUCCUUCCUCUCCGCCGACUCCUCCACCCCCUGCCCGUCCUCCCCAACCACAACCUCCUCCGCCACCGCUGAAUACACCGCCGUCGAUCUCGAGCGCCGCAGUCUGUACUCGGAGGUUGAGACCUCGGGGACGGUUCCCGAACCGUCCAGGCGCUUCACGGUCGACCUGGUGGGUCCCAGGGUGCUGUACUGCGCCGACGAGGCCGUGGACCUUCUUCUGAGGUCAGGAGGAAGCCACCAUGUGGAGUUCAAGAGCGUGGAAGGGGGCAGCCUCAUCUACUGGGAUGGUGCGCUCUGCCCGGUGCCAGACUCUAGGCAGGCCAUCUUCAUGGACAGCACACAUCGGUCUAAGGAGAAGCUUAAUCUUAGGGAUAAUCUUAAGGAGAAGACCCUCUUGUUCAGAUUCUUCAAGCUUGUCCAGUCACACAUUGCCGCAUCGUCUUCUGGCGGUAAGGAUGGGGAGGGCCAAGCCUCUGGUAAGAUAUCUGAGGAGGACUUGGACCUCCCCUUUAUUGAAUUCCUCAAGAAACAGCAGCUUCAACCCAAGAUUAGAGCGGUUGUGCUAUAUGCAAUUGCCAUGGCAGAUUAUGAUCAAGAUGCCGCAGACACAUGCGAGAAAUUGCUAACAACAAGAGAUGGAAUCAAGACCCUAGCUCUUUAUUCCUCGUCCAUUGGGAGGUUUGCUAAUGCCCAAGGUGCUUUCAUUUAUCCUAUGUACGGGCAUGGUGAGCUACUGCAAGCUUUCUGUCGCUUUGCUGCUGUUAAGGGUGCCCUAUAUGUGUUGCGGAUGCCAGUCACAGCCCUCCUCGUGGACCAGGAAAAGAAGCGUUAUAUAGGCACCAGAUUGGCUUCUGGUCAGGAUAUUUUGUGCCAGCAGUUGAUACUUGGUCCCUCGUACAAAAUUCCUUCAUUGGACAUGCCAUCUGAUGCUUCAGACUCAAACUUGACGAGAAAAGUUGCCAGGGGAGUAUGCAUAAUCAGCAGCUCCAUAAAAGAGGCUUCAUCAAAUGUUCUGGUUGUUUUCCCCCCAAAAUCAUUACAAGAGCAGCAAGCUACAGCUGUUCGGGCGCUUCAGCUGAGCAGCAAUGUAGCAGUAUGCCCUCCUGGAAUGUUCAUGGUAUAUCUGUCUACUCCCUGUACUGAUGCCUUUACGGGAAAGCAGUACAUAAACAAGGCAAUGGAGGUUCUUUUCAGUACUCAGGCUUCAGAUGAUUCAGAAGGCCAUUUGGAGACAACCAGCAAAAACAUCGAGGAUAGAAAGCCAGUGCUAAUCUGGAGUUGUGUGUAUGUUCAAGAGAUCACACAGGGAACAUCUGGUGCUGUAUUGUCAUGCCCCAUGCCGGAUGAAAACCUGGACUACAGAGAUAUACUGGAAUCGACAAAACAGGAGAUACAGGCCAGGAUUCUGGCUCAUUAUGGAAGCUUCAGAACUGAACUGUACAUGUCAAUAGCGAGUGCUUUAUUACGUUAUUUACAGAUAUUUAUCCUGACGAAGAAUUCCUGCCUAGAAACGCAACUCCUAAAUAUGCCGACGAUGACUCUGAUCUUGCAGAGUAGAAACAUGUUUGCAGAGAUGUGA